AUGUCAAUGAGCACCACGUCCACCAACAUGUUCCGCCGUGCGCUUACUGGCGCUCGGUGGGCCAUCCCAUCCUCCGAGGCUUGCGCUCGAACUACCAGACCCGCGGGAUUCAGUAUCUACCGGAAUGUUUCUAGUGCUGCCCGGCUGCCUACUCUUACAGCAUCUGAGACCCGUCGUCGGCCGACAGUACGGCCGCACCAGCAGCCUGUAGCACAGAGUGGAGUGAACGGCUUGUCACCGACUAGCCGGCGAACGAUCUUCAUCCAGACGGAAAACACACCCAACCCCGAUGCCUUGAAGUUCAUCCCUAACCAUCGCGUCCUCCCCGAGGACUUUCCCACCACUUUCCUCGAAUACCUCUCCCCGCGCUCCACCCUCGCCGCACCACAUCCGUCCCCUCUCGCCGCGAAACUGCUUGAUGUCGAAGGUGUCACCUCCGUCUUCUACGGCGCCGACUUCAUCACCGUGACUAAGGCCAGCGAUGUCAGUUGGGCGCACAUCAAGCCGGAGGUCUUCAGCUUAAUCACUCAGGCCGUGACCGCCGGUGAGACCAUCGUGUCAACCAUUGAGACCGACGGCGCCGAGGGCUCUCAUGAAGGCGAGAAUGAUUCGCUUGCCUUCAACGAAGAUGACGAUGAGGUUGUGGGAAUGAUCAAGGAGUUGUUGGAGACCCGCAUCCGGCCGGCCAUCCAGGAGGACGGCGGUGACAUCGAGCUGCGUGGCUUCGAGGAUGGUAUUGUCAUGCUCAAGCUCCGCGGCGCUUGCCGGACAUGCGACUCCAGCACAGUGACUCUGAAGAAUGGUAUUGAGUCGAUGUUAAUGCACUACAUCGAGGAGGUCAAGGGUGUGGAACAGGUCAUGGAUCAGGAGGAGGAGAUCUCCAUGCACGAGUUCGCCAAGUUCGAGGAGAAGCUGCGCCAGCAGAAGGGUGCCGCGGCCACGGCCUCAAGCGCGCUGGACAAUGCGCCGUAA